AUGCAGAGCAACUACUCCCUGGUCAUCACCACCAGAGAAACUCUCCAAGUCCUCCAUACAGCACUGACAAACUCAUCGGCUGCAUUGCGCUCACCCCCUCCCUGCCCGCUCACCUCGUCAGAUUAUCAGUUUUCCCUAAUCCCAGCACUCUUCUCUGUGGUUUUUGUUCUGGGGUUGGCUGGCAACAGCGUGGUGGUUGUGGUGCUUUGUCGUCACAGUGGUGCCAAAACAGUUGCUAAUAUCUACAUUUUCAACCUGGCCGUGGCGGAUUUGCUGUGCCUUGCCACCCUUCCCUUCUGGGCUACCUACUAUGCGCAGGGGUACAACUGGCUCUUUGGGUCUCUCAUGUGCAAAAUCUCCAGUUCUGUCCUGUGCUUGAACAUGUUUGCAAGUAUAUUUUUCAUUACGUGCAUGAGUGUGGACCGGUACCACGCUAUUGUCCAUCCUAUUCGCUCUCAGAGAAGAACUCCACAGCAAGCUUAUUUUAUAGCAUUGGUUGUGUGGGGCCUUGCCAGUUUGUCCUCCCUCCCAACUUUUUAUUUCCGUGACACUCACUAUAUCGAAAGUUUGGGGGUCAGUGCUUGCAUUAUGGCCUUUCCUCACGAGAAUUAUGCAAAAUGGUCUGUGGCAACAGCCUUCCUGAAAAAUGCACUGGGCUUCUUCAUCCCCUUGACAGUGAUCACCACGUGCUACAUCUGGAUCAGGAGGCACUUGCUCAAAGCACAGGAGUUUGGGAAAAACAAGCAGAAGAGGGACAAAGUCCUAAAGCUGGUGGCUGCUGUUGUUGUGGCCUUCUUAAUUUCCUGGCUCCCAUUCCACAUUUUAACGUUUUUGGAUGCCUUGGCUCAUAUGAACGUCAUUAACAACUGUGACGUGACAGGGAUCAUCGACACAGCGCUGCCGUUCGGCAUCUGCAUGGCGUUCGCCAACAGCUGCAUCAACCCUUUGCUGUACUGCUUCAUUGGGAACCAGUUCCAGGAGAAGCUCCAUCGCUUGUUUAAGCGACGAGUUUAUCAGUUCAACAGCCAUCAAGAGAGCUCUUCUUUGAGGAAAGGGAGCGGCUUCAGAGAUGCUGAGACCCCCGUGGGCAAGGAAGGGGGGCCAGAGUCCUUGCUGUAG